AUGAGAAUUUACUAUCCAGACACAAAUGUCUUCAAUGCUCUCAAAGGAAGUGACAUUGAAAUAAUUCUUGAUGUCCCAAAUCAAGAUCUUGAAGCCCUAGUCAAUCCUUCAAGUGCUAAUGGUUGGGUUCACGAUAAUAUAAUAAGUAAUUUCCCAGAUGUUAAAUUUAAAUAUAUAGCCAUUGGAAAUGAAAUUGAUCCCAGUACAAAUACCGGUCAAUAUACACAAUUUGUUGGUCCAACAAUGGAAAAUGUUUACAACGCGUUAACAUCAGCAGGGUUGCAAGAUCAAAUUAAGGUCUCAACCGCGACAUAUUCAGCGCUCUUAACAAGCACCUACCCACCAAGUGCUAGUAUUUUUUGCGAAGAAUACAAAAGCUUCAUUAUUCCCAUAAUCGAAUUUCUAGCACGAAGUAACCUCCCACUCUUUGCCAAUAUUUACCCUUAUUUUGGCCAUAUUGAUAACACUAACGAUGUUCCUCUUUCUUAUGCACUUUUCAAUGAACAAGGUACAAAUUCCGCGGGAUAUCAAAAUCUUUUCGAUGCCCUUUUAGAUUCAAUGUAUUUUGCUACGGAGAAACUUGGAGGACAAAAUAUUGAGAUAAUUGUAUCGAAAAGUGGUUGGCCUUCUGAGGGACACCCUGCAGCAACUAUGGAAAAUGCACAAGCUUUUUAUACGAAUUUGAUUAAUCAUGUGAAAGGAGGGACUAGAACACCAAAGAAACCUGGAAGUACGAUAGAAACUUAUUUAUUCGCCAUGUUUGAAGAAAAUCAAAAGGAUGGAAAAACAAGUGAGAAACAUUUUUGA